UGUAAAGCCGUGGUCACCUGUAAUCAAGGUGUGAGGGGCGGCCGGCUCAUCGACCUCAAGGCCAUGGUGGACGCAGCAGUGAAGACCUGUCCCUCUGUCCAACACGUCUUCGUCUCUCAGAGGACAGACAAACCUGCUGUGAUGGGACAGCUGGACGUCCCUCUGGACCAGGUGAUGUCCUCUCAGUCCCCUGUGUGUCCUGCGGAGCCUCUGGACAGCGAGGACCUUCUGUUUCUGCUCUACACAUCAGGAAGUACGGGCAAACCUAAAGGCAUCGUUCACACACAGGCCGGAUACCUGCUGUACGCCUCACUCACACACCAG